UCCACGAGCGCAGAGGGCGUAAGGGCGAGGGGGGUCCAGCCCGAGUCCAGCCCCAGUCCAGCCCCAGUUCAGCGCAAACAUGGCGGAGCGCGGGGAUGUGAUGUGUUUAUGGUCCCACACUGGGGCUCUAAUUCCGAUCACCUCUGUGCCUUUACCCGAGCCCGCUCCAACAAAAGAAAAGCAGAGGAAGAGGAGCGCGUUCUGCUUGUCCAGGAUGAAGUCCCGCGGCAGCAGCAGCAGCAGCGGCAGCGGCUCAGAGAAAGACCAAGACCACCGGCAUCAACCCGCCGUGAACAACAACAACAUGCCGUUUAUGAUCCACUGUCAGAUCGGCAAAGAAAUCAAACACAUCUGCAGCAACUGUCGAGGAGCCGAGCUGGAGGCUGAGGAAGUGGAGCGGCUCGCAGCGAUGCGCUCCGAUUCGCUGGUACCAGGGACACACACCCCACCCAUUCGAAGGAGGAGCAAAUUUGCAAACUUGGGGCGACUUUUUAAACCUUGGAAAUGGAGAAAGAAGAAGAGUGAGAAGUUCAAGCAAACCUCUGCAGUAUUGGAAAGAAAGAUGUCCACUCGCCAGAGCAGAGAGGAGCUCAUUAAAAAGGGGGUUCUUAAGGAAGUCCAAGAGAAAGACGCCUCUUCUCCACCAGAGGAGGUUAAGAUGGAGAAUGGCCAGUCCACAGGGGAUGCUUCGGAGGGCAGUGAGUUCAUGGAGGGAGCCACAGCAGCUGUCGGCUUAUUGGAGUUUCCGAUGCCCAGUGAAGGUGCAUGUCAACAGGAUCAAGCUCAGAAAACAAACCAAACUCCACCCACAAAGAAACCCACUGUGUACGCAGCGGAAAGCACUGAAUCGUCCCUUUCCAGACCACCAGUGCUUCACAAACAACCUCCAGCAUUGCCACCGAAACCCUUCACCAGACUACCUAACCAUAUCACAGACGGGACUCCUGUGAAGUUGCCAUGUAUGUCGGUGAAGCUGUCUCCUCCUCUACCUCCAAAGAAGCUCCUGAUCUCUGUCCCGACAGGGAGCAUGGAGCCCACGUCAAUCACCUUCCAGAAGUGCCCCGCCCCUGCUCAUGCCCCGGGGGGCGGACACUCUCUCCAGUACGGGACACUGCCCGUUCCCCUUCAUCCUCCAAGUAGAAUCAUCGAGGAGCUCAACAAGACUCUAGCCCUCACCAUGCAGAGGUUUGAGAGCUCCAUGAUGCACGCUGUCCCUACGGUUAUGAUCAAGUGCGAUGACGACAAAGAGAACCUCCCCAUCGAAGCAGAGUAUGAGGACUUACCCGACAUGUAUAAGGACGAUGAGGAAGAGGAGGAGGAAGACGAAGAGGAGGAAGAUGAAGAAGAGGAAGAGGAAGACGAGGAGGAAGAUGAUGAUGAAUCACUGUUUACAAGCACACUGGCCAUGAAGGUGCUACAGAGGGACUCAUUGGCCAUUAAGCUGAGCAACCGCCCUUCAAAGAGAGAGCUGGAGGAGAAGAACAUCCUGCCCAUGCAAUCAGAUCAGGAGAGGCUCGAAUUCCGUCAGCAAACUGCCACCAAACUCACCAGACGGCUGAGUCAACGGCCAACAGCAGAGGAGCUUGAGCAGAGGAAUAUCCUUAAACCUCGAAACGGUUUGGAGGAACAAGAGGAGAAGAGGGAGAUUAAAAGGCAUCUAUCGCGAAAGCUCAGCCAGAGGCCUACUGUUGAGGAGCUGAGGGAAGCAAAGAUCUUAAUUCGCUUCAGUGAUUAUGUGGAGGUUGCUGAGGCUCAAGAUUACGACAGGAGGGCAGACAAACCGUGGACUCGACUAACGGCUGCUGACAAGGCUGCCAUUAGAAAAGAACUGAAUGAAUUUAAAAGCACAGAGAUGGAAGUGCACGAGUCGAGUCGCCACUUUACCAGGUUUCAUCGGCCAUAAACUGUGUGAGGCUUUAGCGGUGUUCCUGUCCUUCCACAAGCCUCUGUUGUUGCCCUUGAAGUGUGAGCGCUUCUCCUCUGGCGCUGAUGUCAGACUAAAGGACAGGUGUGGACACUUGGAGACGCAGAAGGAAAAAGAGACAUUAGAGACUGAACUGAGUGAAACUGGACUGGUGUCUCCUGAUUGGAGAUUUAACUUCUUGAUAUUCAAAAGUUUAACUCAUUUUUAUAAUGAAAUGAUGGAGAGGUAACUCAGCAGCACUUUUUAUUUUGAACAAGGCUGAAAGGUUUUUAGGGGUUGAACACAGAAUCUGUGCCAAUUAUGGUUUGGAAACGUUUAGAGGGAGAAUGGAGUCAUUUUCUUUAAUCACAGGGAUUGAUUUCUUGCCUCUUUUAUCACAGACUCACUCAUGUCAACCUCGAGUUUGCUGGUUUUGUUUUUGAAGGUGAUGGUUCCUUAAAUGUAAUGGCAGCUCUGUGCUGAGAUAGGCAGCUGAAUAUGAAACCAAAAUCUCCUCAAGUCAAAACAUCAAACACUUGCAGCAUUAACUGUCUGCACAAAUUGAAAAAAUUACCACAAAACCAACCAAGCAAUAAUGUUGUUGGGGUUUCAUUCAAAAGGUUUUCAGACAUUUAAACCAAAGCAACUAAACUUGCCAUUGAAGUUGCACCUCGUUUGGAGUUCAGUAGCCUCCUGUCACUGUGCCUCCAGUGUUGUUUACAGGGACGAUUGCCAAAUUAACAUUUAUUUCAACUGUUAUUUUCACAGUAAAUGUUUCUGAACUCUGAAUUAAUGCCUUUUAAAUCCUCAAACUUCUGAGAAUCUGCCAUUUUACUUUUUCAUCGUUUACAGUCUUCUCAAGGUACACAGCGUUACUGACACUUCUGGAAGAACUGGCUGUAUGUUUCAAUGUGUUUGUAUGUCUGAGAUAUUGUUGGUAUGAUUGUAUACAAAAUGUUGAUCCCUCUCAGAACUAUAAGUAUGUAAAUAACAGAGAAAGUAAGCCAGACUUUUCAAAUGUUUUUGUAAAGCAGAACACUGCAUGUGAGUAUUAAGUUAUUGUGAGUCUUCUAUGAU